AUGGCAAGGGAGAACACGAGAGUGAGGGUUGCCCAAGCAGCCCUGAUUCACAUUCCAACACACAUGAACAUGUACAUGUGCCUAGCAUCAGCCCCAGCGUGGAAUGGUGAAGCAGUGGUUAAGCUCGACAAGCUCGACGCUGCUGCACGCCAGCGGCCAGCCAAACAUGAAGCUCCACCCCGUCCCUGA